GACCAAACCCCUUUAAGAGCAUGGAGAGCAAGCCUUCGGAGGUACUCUGCCCUACGAAACCUAUUCAGUCGCACCACUGUUUCGCCGGGUCCAUGUGAUAAGAGAACUAGUGUGCUACGCAGAACGAACGAAAAAGAAAAGCCAAUUUAACCCUAUUAAAAAUAUUUUUUUUAGUCAAAUAAGUUGCAAAUUCGAGAAUAUAAGUUGGAUUUUUCUUUCAGAAACAGACCAAGUGUGGAAGAUUAUAACUUACUUCAGCUGAGCUUUUCCACAAUGGAAUUUGUGUCCCGGUAACCCCUUGGAACGUUUGCGAUAUUUCCCGGAUUUUGAGGCUUUCCGACGCUUGCAAAUUGGAUAAGCUGACCAUCUACACACAAGAGCAAUCAUUCGAUUCUUGCGACUGGUUUACUUUGGAAGUGAUAGCAAGGAAAAUCUGCAAACUGUGCGAUUUGUCCUGUCUGCGCUCGAGAUAAUUCAAGAUUCGCUGGGAUUCCUACUUUAGAGGUCACCUGUUUGUGAUUAUACGACAUCUGAAAGUUAACCUGGGAGCAACUGGGGAAAGAAAUGGAAAGUCAGGUGCUUUGGGAUCACCAAAGCCAGAACAUCUGCACUCCAGCUCUGUAGCCCUUUCCAGCCAUUGGAGGGAAUUCCCAAAAUUCAUGAACUGCAAAGCUACCACCCACACCCAAAGAAACUAACUACCUACAGGUCGAGUCCAUAGCGAUGUGUGGUUGAGUGAGAGAUUGUGCAUGUGCGUGGGUGUGGGUGUGGGACCCAGCAGCUGAUCUCUCAGGAGGGGACAUGCCCCUUUAACACACAAUUACCCAACAAAUGAAUUGUUGCUAUGCCACCCGGGAUGGUGCGUGUGUUGUUUGCUCUUCUCCCAGUCUUGCUCUGCUGUGCGCUCACCCAGAGCUCCACCCCCUCCGCCCGAUACCCGGUGUUUGUGCGGAACGACACGCUCUUCGAGCACCUGGCCCUGCACCCUGACCCAGCAGUAGGGUGUGUCUACUUGGGGGCACGUGACCAUCUCUUCCAGCUCUCCCCGACCCUGCAACUGGAGGAGGAGGCGGAGAUGGGGCCUGUGACGGACAGCCGCGACUGCCUGCCCCCCAUCAGCGAGACCAGCUGCCCCCAGGCACGCCUCACUAGCAACCACAACAAGCUCCUGCUGGUGGACCCCUACAGCGGGGAGCUGAUCAGCUGCGGUAGCGUGCACCAGGGUACAUGUCAGAAGCGCAGCCUGAAGGACGUAGGCACUGUGCUCUUCGCCCCCGAGCGGCCCGUCGACACGCAGUACGUGGCCGCCAACGACCCAGACGUGUCCACCGUGGGACUGGUGGUGCAGGCGGGAGUCGGCCACAAGUCACUGCUGUUCGUAGGCCGUGGCUACACCAGCAGCCAGCCGCCAAUCUCCACCCGCAACCUAGCCAGCGAACCUGUCUUCUCGUACGAGGAGACGGCCAAGCUGGCGGUGGCCGGGCGCCUGUCGGAGUAUGACCACCACUUUGUGGGGGCCUUUGCGCGCCGCUCGCAUGUCUACUUCCUAUUCUACCGCCGCGACCUGAAGUCGUCGGCAAGGGAGUACCGCACGUAUGCCUCGCGUAUCUGCCUGGAGGACGCGGCGUACUACUCCUACGUGGAGGUGCCGCUCAGCUGCCAGUCGGCAGCGGGGAAAAAGUACAACCUCUUGCAGGCAGCGCGAGUGGGCCUGGGCCAGCCCGGGCUGGAGGGCAGCCAGGCAGGUGAGGACAUUCUGCUGGGUGUGUUCUCGGCCACGUCCAGUAAGCCCAGUGAGGAGUCGGCUCUCUGCGUGUACUCCCUGCAGGAUAUCGACGCACGCAUCGACGCCACCCGCGACCACUGCUACACGAAGGUGGGCCGGGCUGACGGGCAGGAGGCGGCCUACAUUGAGUAUGAUGUCAAAUCAAUCUGCGCCAAUCUGCCAGAGAACACCCUGGAUGCCUACCCAUGUGGUUCUGACCAUACCCCCAGCCCAAUGGCAAGUCGGGUGCCUGUGGAGGCAGAGCCAAUACUGGACAGCCCAUCCACUCGUCUUACUGCAGUUGCUGUUAGCAUGAGGGCAGGGCACACCAUCGCCUUCCUCGGAGACUCCAACGGCAAUUUACAUAAGGUGUUUUUGGGGCCAAAUGGUGAGGUGGAGGAGUAUGCCAUUAUUCCCAUCCAGCCUAAAAUACCAAUCAGCAGUGAGCUGAUGCUCGACCAAUCAGAGGAGCAUCUGUACAUCAUGUCCAGCACCAUGCUAGAGAAAAGGCCUGUUGCAGAGUGUUAUAUGCACGUAGACUGUCAGUCAUGUCUCUCAGCUCAUGAUCCUUACUGCGGCUGGUGUGUGCUGGAGGGGAGGUGUGGGCAGCGUGAGGAGUGUGUGCACGGUGAGGAGGCUGAUCAUUGGCUGUGGAGUUUCGACAUGGAGCAACAAUGUCUGAGUGUCCACACCCUCACACCAUCCAACAUCAGCAGAGAGGAGAGCAGGCCGAUCGCUCUGUCUAUCCCAGCUCUCCCAAAGCUCAAGGACGGGGAAUCCUACUCCUGUUUCUUCCAGGACAGUUACUCUCCAGCCACCGUCACUGACUCUGGGAUCACCUGCCCCUCCCCACAGCCCCAGAGAGUACCCAAUGUGCUUGGUGGCCAAGAUUUUAUAACAGUCACUCUGUCCUUACGGUUUGGUGAUGUCAUUGUGACCUCUCGGGAAUUCACCUUCUAUGACUGCACAGUUGUCAAACAGCUCUCAGGGAGUAUGCCGUGUCGCGGCUGCGUGUCCAGUCGAUGGGGUUGUAACUGGUGUGUACAUCAGCACAUGUGCACCCACAAAGCAGUGUGUGAGCAAGGUGUCAUCAUUUACAAUGAAAAUUUUAAAGUCCCCCCAGCCUCCCCUGCUCCAACUACACCAGCAAAUGUCCCCCCAGCCUCCCCUCCUCCAACUACACCAGCAAAUGUCCCCCCACCCUCCCCUCCUGCAACUACACCAGCAAAAGGUUCCACAGUCAGCCCAGCCCUGACACACGCGCUCCCCACAACCACCAUGCCCACUGAACCUCCUCCUACGACCACUACACCCACCACAACUGCCACUCCAACCACUCAACCCCCAACUACAAGUGCCAGAACUGCUACCCCAGAACUACCCACUACUGCUGCACCGGUCCCCGUGCCAACACCGAGUACAUUACCCACAACUCCACAGGCGCCCACUGGCACUACCACCCGGCUAGUGCCAACCGCAGAAGCCCCGACGACGGUCACCCCCCAUACGAACCCGACGUUACCCCUCCUGAGCGAAGCCGACUCUAAGAUCCGCCCGCCCAAAGGCCUUCCGCCCGCGGAAGAGGAGAUGCUGAGCCAGACGGAGAGUGUCGUGAUCACCAGUGCGCGCACCCAGUCAUCGCAUGUCACAUGGGCAGCCGAGGAAAAGGGCCUGGCGACGCCGCCCACGCCCACUGGGCCUUCUAGUGAGCUGCCACCCUCCGUGGAAAUCUCUCCGCUGGUGGAACCGCCCACUGCUACUCCAGAACUUCCCAGCAACCCCCAGAUCGUCGAGGAGCUGCCCCCGUCGCUGGUCAAGCCCCCUACCGAAACCCAAACGGCAGCACGACAGGAGCUCUCCGAGACCGCAGCCACGGACGCGGAGUCGGACGGCGUCUCUCGCAUGGCACCGACGGAGUCUCCCGCCCUGCCCCCUGACCUUCACGCUCGUCUGGAGGACACGGCCGUCCACAAUGGGACGCAGGUUCCCCGCCUCCCCCAGGAGGUGCUGGAGGUGAAGGACGUGGUCACGGCCGACAAUGACACCACGGCUUUCUCGGCAGCGACGGUACUGUCUGGGGAUGGGGACUUGGACCAUGCCUCACCUGCUUACCCUCGUCUCCUGGACACAGACUCGGAGCUAGACUACCAGUACGACAUGGCGGACUCUUAUCUAGCGCAGGCUGACGAGGGCUCGUUGCUGAGUUGGGGAGCGUCAGCGUGUCCGUGUGUAGAGAAGGUUCAGGGUUCCCCGCUGCUGCCUGUGCAGACCAAGAGGAAGAUCACCCUGUUGGCCCGAAAUCUUCACCUCUACCAGGACCAAGACCUGGAGUACGAGUGUGUACUGGUGAUCGAGGGACGGACCGUGGUGGUGGAUGCUUACGUAGAGAAGGAUGAGAUGAACCCCUCCCUCUUUGACAUCACCUGUCAGCAUCAUCAGUACUCCUACUCGGGCCUGGUGGAGGAGUAUAAUGCCAUGGUGUACGUGAAGAGGAGGGACACCUUCCAUGUGGACAGUGCUAAUGACCUCUAUGUGACGCUGUAUAACUGUUCGGUGGGGCGUUCCGACUGCAGCCGUUGCCACACGGCGGACCUGAAGUACUCCUGCGUGUGGUGUGAGGGGCCAGCUCGCUCUAGCUGCGUGUUCCACGGCUCCUGCUCCCACAACGUGCGGCCCACGUGCCCCGCCCCGCUGAUACACUCGGUGGAGCCGCUGUCGGGACUGGUGGAGGGAGGCACCACCCUCACCAUCUCUGGCUCUAACCUGGGCCAGAAGGCCCAGGAUGUCCUGCAGUCGGUCACUGUGGCUGGAGUUUCCUGUGCUGUGGACCCACACCUGUAUGAGAUCUCGUCCAGAAUCGUGUGCAUUACGGGGCCGAGCGACACAGAGAGGACAGGACAUGUCUUGGUCAAAGUAUCCAGCGUGGGGAGUGGCAUGUCCAGCCAAAAAUUCACCUACCAGAGCCCAGUGCUGGAGGACAUCAGGCCUCGGAGGGGCCCGCGGGCCGGUGGAACCGCCCUCACCAUCACGGGCCUGAGGCUGCUGACAGGCCGAGCUGGCAACAUCAGCGUGUGGCUGGGGGAUGUGCCCUGCGCCAUUGUAUCGGAAGUGCAGGAGGGCAGGAUUGAAUGUGUGACAGGAGCCAGCAACAAGACAGGAGAGCACCAAGUAACCGUGCGCUAUGGCAAAAGCGAGCGGCAUCUCAACGGCAGUGGCUUCCUCUACACCCCAGACCCGAACAUCACACAUGCCAUGCCCUCCAAAAGCUUCAUCAGUGGCGGUCGCGUCAUCCACGUUUCGGGCCACAACCUGGACGUGGUCCAGGAGCCACGCAUGCAGGUGACUGUGUACCUGCUGGACUCCACCCGCAGCAGGAGGCAUGCAAGCAGACGGAGCAGGAGGAACGCAGGGAGUGUCAUAAAUGCCGAAGUCGAGCAAGAGUUACUGUGGAGACACAGGCGGAUUCUUCCAGAACCAGACUGCCUGGAAGACACCUUGUGUUCUGUCAAGCACUUUGAGGAGCGGUGCGAGGUGAACACCACCUCGCUGCUGCUGUGUCGGACCCCCGCCGUGAGCUCACAGGUGAUUGGUGCCGUCACGCGGGUGAAGUUUCUCCUGGACAAUUUGCACAUUCACUUUAACACCGUCAGCCAAUCACCUUUCACCUAUGAGCCUAACCCCACCCUCCACCCCCUCAACUAUCGUGACCCUUCUGCUAUUCACCAGCCCUUCCGCUACAAACCAGGAUCGGUCAUAUCUGUGGAGGGGGAGAAUUUGGACUUGGCCAUUUUUAAAGAGGAAGUGGUAGCUCUCAUCGGUGAGGGAGUGUGUGUUGUUAAAACUCUGACCCGGAACCACCUGUACUGCGAGCCGCCCCCCCAGCAGCCUGCCCCGCCCCCCAGCAACGGGCGCAAGCGUGAUGGAGCCGACGCCCUCCCAGACUUCACAGUGCAGAUGGGCAGUCUGAACUUCUCUCUGGGCAGAGUGCAGUACGACACCCUCAGUCAGUCCACCUUCCCCAUGGAGGCUCAGAUAGGGGUGGGAGCAGUGGCCUCACUCGUCGUCCUCAUCGUAGUGAUCAUCGUGCUUAUAUACAGGAGGAAGAGCAAGCAGGCACUGAGGGAUUAUAAGAAGGUUCAGAUUCAGCUGGAGAAUCUGGAGACUAGUGUGAGAGACCGCUGCAAGAAAGAAUUCACAGACCUGAUGACUGAAAUGAUGGACAUGACAAGUGAUCUGGUGGGAUCAGGGAUUCCGUUCCUGGAUUAUAAAAUGUAUGCGGAGCGCAUCUUUUUCCCGGGCCACCGGGAGUCGCCGCUGCGCAGGGACCUGGACGUGCAAGACUGCCGGAGGGCCACGGUGGAGCAGGGCCUUGUGCAGCUCUCCAACCUGCUCAACAGCAAACUCUUCCUCACCAAGUUCAUUCACACACUGGAGAGCCAGAGGACAUUUUCGCCCAGGGACCGCGCCUAUGUAGCCUCUCUGCUCACCGUAGCCCUGCACGGCAAGCUGGAGUACUUUACGGACAUUCUGAAGACCCUGCUCAACGACCUGGUGGAGCAGUAUGUCGCCAAGAACCCAAAACUCAUGCUACGCAGAACUGAGACAGUGGUUGAAAAGCUACUGACCAAUUGGAUGUCUAUAUGUCUCUAUGCUUUCCUGAGGGACUCUGCUGGGGAGAGCCUGUAUAUGCUCUUCAGGGCCAUAAAGCACCAGGUGGAUAAAGGGCCUGUGGAUGCAGUAACGGGCAAAGCCAAAUACACCCUCAAUGACAACCGGCUGCUGAGAGAAGACCUGGAGUACCGCACACUGACUCUGAAUGUGCAGCUGCAGGGAGCAGCAGUGACUGAAACCCAGCCGCUAGCUGCCAAAGUCCUGGACUGUGACACCAUAACCCAGGUCAAAGAGAAGAUUCUAGAGCAGGUCUAUAAGGGAACUUCAUACUCCCAUAGGCCACACACAGACUCACUAGACCUUGAAUGGCGGUCUGGUGUGGCAGGUCACCUGAUUCUCUCAGAUGAAGAUCUGACAUCUAUAGUGCAGGGCAACUGGAAGCGCCUCAACACACUUCAGCACUACAAGGUCCCCGAUGGAGCCACAGUAGCACUGGUGCCACGCAACAGCAAACACAUCCACCAUGACAACCAUGACUAUGUGGCGGGAGAGAAGACGCCCAUGCUGGAGGAUGCAGAUGAGGGUGGGGUCAGACUCUGGCACCUGGUCAAGGCCAGCGAGGAGCCGGAGUUGCCCAAACACAGACGGGGCAGUCUCAGGGAUAGAGAGCGGGCCAAGGCUAUCCCUGAGAUCUACCUCACACGGCUGCUCUCUGUGAAGGGUACCUUGCAGAAGUUUGUGGAUGAUCUGUUCAUGGUGAUUUUGAGCACGAGUCGGCCAGUUCCUCUCGCUGUAAAAUACUUCUUUGACCUCCUGGAUGAUCAAGCCACUCUCCAUGGCAUCUUGGACGCGGAGACCAUCCACAUCUGGAAGACCAACAGUCUGCCCCUUCGGUUCUGGAUCAACAUAGUGAAAAAUCCCCAGUUCAUCUUUGAUGUGCAGGCAUCAGACAACGUGGAUGCUGUCCUGUCUGUCAUCGCCCAGACCUUCAUGGACUCCUGCACCAUUGCCGAGCACAAACUGGGCAGGGACUCCCCUAUAAACAAGCUUCUGUAUGCCAGAGACAUUCCUCGUUAUAAGCAGAUGGUGGAGAAGUACUAUGCUGACAUCAGACAGACCAUCUCAGCUAGUGAUCAGGAGAUGAACUCUGCCUUAGCUGAGCUCUCCAGGAAUUACUCUGGGGAGCUGAAUUACUUAGUGGCCCUGCAUGAGCUGUACAAGUACAUCAACAAAUACUAUGACCAGAUCAUCACUGCCUUAGAAGAGGACACCACCGCUCAGAAGAUGCAGCUUGGUUAUCGCCUGCAGCAGAUCGCGGCUGCUGUGGAGAACAAAGUGACUGACUUGUAACUGAGAGAUCAUGGACGGAUGAUGGAGAAAGAGCUAGGGAUAGAAGGGAGGGGUGAGGAAGGGAAAGGGCGAAAGUAAAGGGCACGUUGGGGAAUGGCCUAAGUGAUGCAAGGUUUGCUAAAAGUAGGGAAAGGGUUAUAUAGGAGAAAGAAAUAAGAACUGCCUCCAUUUCUGUGUGGACAUAAAUGGCGAGGCACACUGUCACUUUGGAAAUUUAAGACACAAUGUGUUAAGUGACUAUUUACAAGGUCCCUGACUUUAUCUGUUAGAAGAGAUUAGUGAAGUUGACUGCUCACAGAGACCCAGCAUCCAUCUCAGAAACAUCUAAAGAGGUCUGCUGUGAGAAACUGCUCCGCUGGGGUCCACUGGAAGAGUGCAAGAUCCCGGGAUUUGCAUCCUGAAGGACACGUACAAGCAUAAUGGACGUGUGUGAAGUCACGGCAGGAGGAGCAGCAGAAUGCAUGAACACUUAUGUGUCCUCCACCUGCAGCAGAGUGCAUCUGAACACUUAUCCGGUGGAAUUCGGGAGCGACUGUAGUAUUCGCCAUUCGAGCCCACGUCAUGGACUUCUCGGCCGAGUUCCAUUUCCCUUCCUCUCGUGUUGCAGAGUCACUGGGACUCUGGUCCAAAUAGACAUUAUCUGAGUAGGACAGUGACACACAGUCAUGCUGCUGAAGCAGAAAGCAGCAGGGCUAUGAAAAGCAUGGUCAAAACAUACAUGGGACUUUUGCGCUUUCCUGUUUUUCUCUACCUCUUCGUUGUUCUCCUCUUUCUGGUUACAUGCUUCCUUCUAUGUGUCCGCGUGUGAUUUUAUUCCUAGUCCUUGUCUAGCAAUACACAGACUACUCAUCUGUACAGUCAUAACUGUGUUUGUACUAAAAUAAGGAAAGUGUGUUGGGCAUUGGCCAAAUGUCAUUUUUGUUUUUCCUGUCUAUAGUCACAGGCAGGAAGUGAAAGAGAAAUUUAAUUGUAUAAUUAGCUCAAUGUAGGGCAUACUCCUUUUAGGUUAUUUAUUUGAUAUUACCAUAUGUAUCUUUUGGCCUUUUCUUCUGCAACUGCCUCUCACACAUCUGUCUGUCAGUGAACAGGAGCUCUGACUUUCAAAUAUAAAACUUCACUCCAUGGGCCUUCCAGGCAACAACAUUCAGUGAACUGCGGCAGUUCUCAGAAACAUCUCUGCCCUAGCAGUAGAACAUUUUUAAACACUUUGUUCUGUUGAGGUACCAAGGGUGCGUUCUCUUCUACAUAUGGCAAUACAGAGAUGGCUGGAUAUUUGACACCUUUCAAUUAAUUAAUUCUAGGUUUUUUGUUUUGUUUUGUUUUUUUAGUAACAGUCACUGGAAAGAUGCUGUAAAGAACCAAUGAACCCAAGUGAAAUAAUGACAAAUGUGUUCUGUAUUUGGACAUAGUUCAAAACUAUGUUCUAACAUCCCUUUUAUGCUUAUGGGAGAAACGGAUCUUGUGGGAUUGGCUAGCGUUUUAAACGUGGGUUGGGUAGUAUUUGAAACGUCUUAUGUGGAGAUGUUAAUUUCACGCUGUACUGUCGUUCUCUUUCUGCCGUUCUUUAGAUGAACACUAGAUGGCAAAUCUUCAGUUCAGAGACCGAUUUUUGACUGUCUUCAGAAUAUCAUUGUAAAGAAGUGAAGGCCUAUCUGAAGGUGUCUAGUAGUUCAUACAGAAAGCCAAUUAUGCAUUAUAGAAAGGGAGAAAAGCGGUCAAUUUCAAAAGAGGCUAAGAUGUACGGAAGCAGCGACUGAGACAACUGGUGCGUUAGAUAAAUGGAACACAUGCAACGCUUGUUGUGAACCAAUAUAACUAAGUAUGAUGCAAAUUUGUGCAAAAAUAAUCAAAAGGAAGUAAGCUGUAACUAUUAUUAGGUUGUAUAAAUUCUUGUGUAGAGUAGAGCAGGCUCAACCCUAAACAUUUCACGGUUUUGUUUUUAUAUAAUUUGUUUACCAGGAAUAAUGAUCGUCUCCCACCACUAGCUUAUUACCAACUGUGUGAACAUUUUUACAAAUGAUGAGAGGUAAUAAAUCUAACUGACUGUGCAUUUGUGAUUUCAACUAAUUAAAUGGUGCGUCUAAUGUU